GUUUCAGUAUAAGGAAGGACUGAGUGAAAUGUUUGCACUCUUUUAUAGCAGGAAAACAAACUUAGGGGUUUCAUUUCUUGGUUUUGUUUACGUUUCAGCUACAGAGUAACCAAACGAUGGUUUCUGCAAGACUAGCUCAAAGCCUGUGCAGAGGUGUCUAUCGAGAAGCAACGCUAUGGAAAGCGCUUGCAGGCGUAGAGGCGAUUUGCUCCUCGUGCAGGUGGUUUCAGCGUUCGGUGAAGGAGCUGUCAACCAGCGCACGUUUCAGCGGUGCUGCCGGGGAGCCGCAUAAGCCACUCAAGCAGUGGACUUUAAUCGUGAAUUCUUACAGCACCGUUAAAGUGCAGCUACCGUGCAAUGUAUCUGUGCGGCCCUUAGACCCUCAUAGCUUCCCAGAGGCAGACAGAGCAUUUAUAACCGUAAAUGGGACCAGCGCCGAUCAGGGACUCAAGCUGGAUAAUUUUCAUGUAAAAUACAACGAGAAGCGCAAAGAACUCUUCAUCACGUCGGAGAAAAUCAGCAGUAAUAUGUCCGUGGAAGUGACUGCCCCAAUAAACUGCGAUUUGGAUAUUAAAACACUUGGGGAAGGCAAUGUGAAGAUACAAAAAAUGGAAUGUGAAAAUUGUACCAUUUUAACAGAAAGAGGACACAGCAUUUUGCAUUCAAUAAAGGGACACACUGUACAUGUACAUUCUAAAGGUGGAAAUGUUAUUUGUUUGGGAACCAUUUAUGGAAAUAUAGAUGUCAGUACCUCAAAAAAUAGUCAUGUGGACAUUGCAAAAUUGCAAGGGACCAGGAUGAGUAUUUCUACUGAGCAUGGGGCAGUGAAAGCUAAAUAUAUUUAUGCAGAGUCUUCUGUUGUCUCUUCUGUGACUGGCAAGAUUGAAUUGGGAAAUGUACAUGGUAAUAUAUCAUUGCAGAGUGAAACUGGAGACAUUAUUGUUGAUGGAUCUGAUGGCUAUUUAAAUGCACUUGUGAAGGAUGGAGACAUUGAUGCAUAUAUUAGCCAGUUUGGCACAGCAGACAUAGAAAGUCAACAGGGUGCUGUAUCAGUCAGGGUACCAUCAUCCAUAAAGACAAAUAUCCUGUUAUCAGGUGCUGUAGUAGAUGUUAGCCCUGAGAUUCCACUUGAAGAAGUGUAUCAGUCCUGUGAAGAUGGUCAUACCAAGCUUACUGCCUGUAUAAAUGGAAAAGCAGAUAAAAACAGUUGGAUCAAGGCCCACGCUGCAAAGGGUACAGUGAGUCUGAGGAGCCAAAGUUGGGUGGAAUCCCUCAAGAUUGGAAAGUCAUAGAGCUGGUUUGGAAAGCCACAACACAAGAAGGGUGGAUAUUUUGUUAAAGAAGUUAUUUUACAGUAAAGGAAAGGUGUUGUGCGAGGGGAGAAGUCAUUGAAAGCACAACUGUAUUUGUGAAGAUGGUCAGUUUUGACACUGUGGUUGCUAUUCUCUUGUCAGAUUUUUUAGAAGAAUAGUUUUACAUUUUUAAGCACACUGAGGUGUAUCUUCUCUUGCUGUGACUAAUUUCAAACUGCUGACUUAGUAUCCUUAUAAUGUAUAGAAGUUCAAAUAUGUAUGCUUUUGUGAACACUAAAUAAAAUGUUCUAUAUUUAUAUUACACAGAAAAUAAAUAGGCUGCGCACUGCUCUUGACACCAAAACCUGAUUAAUUUAAGACUGAUGCUUUUGUUAUAUACGCAUCAAUACAGUUUAAAGCAGUACUUAUCAAUAUAAUUAGCUGCAUAAAAUAAAACCUGUUAAAAUUCUAAAAGAUAAAAUGUAUUUUAAAAACCACAAUGAGUGAAUCAGCAGUUAAUUGGCAAUUAUAAAAAAAAAAUGUGUUAAUUGUGAGACUGUUGCUAUGCAAAGACCGCAAUAAAACUGUUUUCAGGUAAAUAACUUUAAACAGUGCCUUGCAGAUUUAAUUCUGUUAUGACCCAUUACAAGUUACAGAACAAUGGAUUAAACUUGUCACGUGUUAAGUAGGCACUUUACUGCUCAAUGUUGAUUUCUGUGUUUAUUGUCAGUCAGUCAUUAUCUAACCUGCUUGGUCCUGAACAUUUUUAGGACAAGGCUGCUACAGACACUUAACAUUAGACAGCAUUUGUUUUAUUGACUGUGCCAUGUCUCCUGUUGUAUGGACUUUGUCAUUAGAAAUAGUUUUUUCACUAAAAGAUGUAUUUUCAGAAAGUCAGUGAUAUCUUUGUAUUGUAAAAUUAGUUAUUCAUAACAUAUCAUAGUUUGAAGCCUUUUUAACUUUUUUGAAAUUGUUUGUUGAUUUUAAUAGAGCAAGUUUUUACCAAAUCAAAUGAAAAUCUCUGCCAUAAAGACAUCCAGAGUCUAUAUAGCAAAUGAAAAGGUGAGACUAUUCUUAUUGGUCUGUUCCUUCCACUGUGCUUUGUUUAUGGAUUGAAAUUGUUUCCCAGUACUUUAGUGAGACUUAAAAAUCCUUAAAAAGGAAAAUAACUGUAACGUAGCAGAAGCCACUGUGUUCAUGCAUCUUGAGCUGAAAUGCAGCAAUGUAUUUCCUAUUUUUUAAUCAAGCAUAAUUCAUUCACAGACAAUUAGGCUGCAGUAUAAUAUGUAAUGUUCAUUGUGUUGUUGAACACAUUUAUAGAGAAUUAACAAGUUGUUGUCAUUUUCAAUUCAGUGUUAAGUUUGAUUUUGCAUAUGAUAUUGCAUUAAGUAGUUCCUCCUGGUCAUUUUUGUAUUUUACCUGUAGCCUUUACUUUUGCUUUUUACUAAAAGUUAGUAAACAUGUCAUAUUCAAAACUGUUUUUUUACCAUUUGAAAGGUUAAAUGCAGUUUUGUCAACAGCCACUAUAAUAAUUUUGGAAUACAGAUCAUAAUAAAAAAUGCAUCUUCAAUAUGUUUCGAUAUUUUUAAUUACUAUACAUUUUGUAAUGAUUGAAUUUCUAAUUAGAAUGAAAUCACAGAAUUUCAUGCAAAAUUUUAUGCAAGUUGCAAUGGCUAUGUAACAAGUAGAAUACACUGAUACUGCUUAACGUCACUGUUAUAACACCAUGUUGUUUUUUUUUCCUUUUUUAUACAAACUUAACUGCAUAAUAAAGUGGUUCAUUGAUGAAAUAAGAAUGUUUUCAAGAUUUGUAAAAUUACAUUUUAAAAAUGUUCCUAUAAAUAAACUGGCAGAUACCAUGA